AUGGGUCGAUGGAGACCAGGAGCGAUAAAGAUUGAUGGAGCCAUGAGUGGUGGUAUAGCUAAGACAAUUAUUGCUAGACGAUGUCUCUUUCGGAGAUCGUGUGGGGCGAGUGUGAGGUUGCUAGUCGGCUCAGCAACUGACCAGGAAUAUGGUAUCCCGAAUGUAGGUGUUCGACAUCCAGUUAUGGUGGGAAACUUUAUCCAUUAUCUCUCGAAAUUUUUGGCUGGAUUAGUGGUUGGUUUCGUUUCCGCACGAAAGCUAGCUCUUCAUAGUGUCACAGUCAUUCCCGGAAUCGCAUUUGCAGGUGGAUUAUACACUUAUACUCUUACAGGUCUCACUUCCAAAAGCCGUGAAUCCUAUGCCAAUGCUGGCAUCAUCGCUGAACAGGCUAUUGCACAAGUAAAAAUAGUGUAUUCAUAUGUGGGAGAAACCAAAGUACUCGAUUCAUAUUCAGAUGCAAUACAACACACUCUCAAAUUGGGAACAAAGCAGGAAUGGCAAAAGGAUUGGGAUUGGGAUGCACAUAUGGAAUCGCAUGCAUGUCAUGGGCACUUGUGUUUUGGUAUGCGGGUGUAUUUAUUAGGAAUGGGCAGACAGAUGGUGGAAAAGCAUUUACACCAAUCUUCUCUGCGAUUGUUGGUGGAAUAUGGGAAAUGUUUGACCGAGGUCAACGUGAAUAUUGAAUUUAAGGUGGUGUCUUUUAGUUACCCUUCAAAGCCGGAUGUUCUUAUCUUUAAAGAGUUUUCCAUUUUCUUCCCGGAUGGAAAGACAGUUGCGGUGGUUUUAUGA